UAAAAUUCUCAAAAUUCAUCACUCAAUCAUUAUAUCUCUUCAAGAUUAGGGUUUUAGAUUCGUUCCCCACUUUUUCCCCAAAUCAAAGUUUCAAUCGCAUUAAUCCUCCACUUCGCCGUCUUCUUUGUGGUUCUUGCGAGUUGCCUGAGCGAUGAGGGUGCACCCACUGCUUCCCACUGUUGCCAGAGGUGGUGCCGAGCCGCAAAACAAGCUCCGACGUCUACCGCGCAUCUUCAGCAAGAUGCUGGAGUUGCCGCUGCGACGGGGCGCCGACGUGGCGAUCGAAGAGGAGACGACGAACCUCCGGUUCACGGCAGCGACGGAGAAGGCGUGGCACGAGGUCCAAGCCCACGCCAUCGAGAUCCUCCCGGGUUUCACCAAAGUGGUGAUCAGGGACGCCGCCGGUGCCGAUCCCGAGGCAGGCUACGAUGAUCUCGAGUUCGAUCGGUGGCGGUGCCGCCUGCCGGACUCCGCCUUGCCAGGUCUCGCCACCGCGCGCUAUGAGAACGGGAAGCUGAUCGUAACCGUCCCCAAGUGAACUGACGGCUCUGAUGAGGCCGAUCGCCGUCUUGGGAUCCGUACCGGCUAUCUUGAUCUAGUGAUGCUGAUGACGCCCGAAAAUCUAUCACCGGAGCCAACCACCGGAGUUGAAAGUAAGUUCAAAGGCCCGACAACCCCCUAGUGGUAUCAAAGGUACAGUUUCAAUCCUCACAAAAAGAUACUUUUUUACAUGCAAUGGUAAACCCUUAACAAGGUCCCCAACAUGUAGAUGGUAAGCUUUAGCUUGGUUAUAUGACUUUUAUUGAUCCAUUGAAAAAGAAGACUUAAAUUGGUCUUUAAUAUGGAAAAUAGCUUAUCCGAUUGGUAUGAAGAGGUAAGAUGAACUGGAGAUCACCAAUUGUAUCUGCCAGAGGACAGGAGGUUCGUUUAGGGGAAAGAAUGUGGAGGUAAGUUUGAACUCUUGAAACUGAAACGAUCGAUCUUUGAUAGUUUCCAUAUUAUGGAUAUUCCUGAUGCUUGGUCCCUAAGAUAGCCAGGACUGUUCUUAUAUCAAGAUAGUGAAACAUUAAUUAAAAAAAAAUUUACAAUUUCAAUAAGGAUGGAUCAAUUUAAGUUGUUAACUGAGUUAAAUCUUCUGUCGUAUUACAUGUUGAGGAUCUUGUUUGCUUAAAAAAAGUCUUUACUUUCUCUAUUUGUUGAAAUUCUGAUUCCAGUACAAGUAGUAUUUAGUAGAAUUUUAAUUCCAACAAAGUAGUUAAUAAAGUUUUAUUUUUGCAAAUUUAGUAUUUAGCAUUUAGCACUUAGGGGCU